AUGUCUCUUGACUUGGAAAAACACUUGACCUUUUAUGGCGCAUACCACCAUAACACUGUCAAUAUUGGCAUUCACAUGGCAUGCGUGCCCAUGAUCCUUUUCUCAGGAUUUUGUCUCGCCACCAACACAGGAACUCUCAUUCCUCUCCCAAGUUGGCUCACAGUCCCCAAUCUAGAUCUUAAUCUGGGAACACUUGCAGCGUUGACCUGGGGUGGAUUGUACGUGCUCCUCGAGCCUGUCGCCGGCACCCUGCUGGCCGCCAUCUGCUUGGGCGCCACUGCAGCCGGCAACUCUUUCAGGCUCGAGAAUCCCGACCUGACCAACAAGGUCGCCAUCGGCGUCCACGUUGUUUGCUGGAUCUUCCAGUUCAUCGGACACGGCGCCUUUGAGGGCCGUGCCCCUGCUUUGCUGGAUAAUCUGAUCCAGGCCGUCUUCCUGGCCCCUCUGUUCGUCUGGCUCGAGUUUCUCUUCAAGCUGGGCUACCGCGCGGAGCUGAAGGCACGCGUCGACAAGGCCGUCCAGAAGGAGAUUGCCAAGUUCAAGGCCUCUAAGGCCAAUGGAGAGGCCAAGAACGGCAAGGCCCAAUAG